GCGGAGCGGGCGGCCGGGCGCGGAGGAGCCGAGCGGCCCCCGGAGGGCGCGGGGCCGGGCGGGAGCCGCGGUGGCGGAGCUGCGGGUCCUUCAUGAUGAGAUAUUUUGGGGUGCUUCUUUCUCCUCUGUGUAGUUGAUAGUUUGGAUGGUGAGGAGAUGGCUGACAGUGUAAAAACCUUUCUCCAGGACCUUGGCAGGGGAAUCAAAGACUCCAUAUGGGGUAUUUGUACCAUCUCAAAGCUGGAUGCUCGAAUCCAGCAAAAGAGAGAGGAGCAGCGUCGAAGAAGGGCGACUAGUGUCCUGGCACAGAGGAGAGCCCAGAGUAUAGAGCGGAAGCAAGAGAGUGAGCCACGUAUUGUUAGUAGAAUAUUCCAGUGUUGUGCUUGGAAUGGUGGAGUAUUCUGGUUUAGUCUCCUCUUAUUUUAUCGAGUGUUUAUUCCUGUGCUUCAGUCAGUAACAGCCCGAAUUAUCGGUGAUCCAUCACUACAUGGAGAUGUUUGGUCAUGGCUGGAAUUCUUCCUCACAUCAAUUUUCAGUGCUCUUUGGGUGCUGCCCCUGUUUGUGCUUAGCAAAGUUGUGAAUGCCAUUUGGUUUCAAGAUAUAGCUGACCUGGCAUUUGAGGUAUCAGGGAGGAAGCCUCACCCAUUUCCUAGUGUCAGCAAAAUAAUUGCUGACAUGCUCUUCAACCUUUUGUUGCAGGCUCUUUUCCUUAUCCAGGGAAUGUUUGUGAGUCUCUUUCCCAUCCAUCUUGUUGGUCAGCUGGUUAGUCUCCUGCAUAUGUCCCUUCUCUACUCACUGUAUUGCUUUGAAUAUCGUUGGUUCAACAAAGGAAUUGAAAUGCACCAGCGGUUGUCAAACAUAGAAAGGAACUGGCCUUACUACUUUGGGUUUGGAUUGCCCUUGGCUUUUCUCACAGCAAUGCAGUCCUCAUACAUUAUCAGUGGCUGCCUCUUCUCUAUCCUCUUUCCUUUAUUCAUUAUCAGCGCCAAUGAAGCAAAGACCCCUGGCAAAGCGUACCUCUUCCAGUUGAGACUCUUCUCCUUGGUGGUCUUUUUAAGCAACAGACUCUUCCACAAGACAGUGUAUCUGCAGUCUGCCCUGAGCAGCUCAACCUCUGCAGAGAAGUUCCCUUCACCGCAUCCAUCACCUGCCAAACUGAAGGCUGCUGCAGGCCACUGAGUUGCCUGCCACCCAAAGGGGAUGGGUGGGAUUGGAGGGAGGCUGUGGCAGCUCUGUUCCCUGCUUCACCUCCGUCUGCCAGGGAAAGCAGGACCCACGCUGCCAAGGGCCUUCUGCAUAUUCACUUCUCUCUGAGGAAUUGGAAGGUUUGUCUCUGGUGCACAUAAGGCAGAAUCUUCCUGACACCAGUGUGUGGAUUCUUAACACCACCGUGAGUCUGAAAGGACCACAGGUUUUUCUGCAGCUAUUUUCUAGCAUUUGCCAUCCCCUGUGCCUGGACUGAUUUGAAUACUUUGUUUUUCUCCCUGUGCCAUUUUACCCUCCCACCUUUCCUGUCUUCUACCACCCUUGGAUGAAUGGAUUUUGUAAUUCUAGCUGUUGUAUUUUGUGGAUUUGUUAUUUUUGUUUUUCUGUGAAGCACAUAUGUUGGAUGUGGGAGGUAAAGGAGUAUGUCAGUUGCUCCUGGUCACUCCUUUUAUAGCCAUCACUGUCUUGUUUCUUGUAACUCAGGUUAGGUUUUGGUCUCCCUUGCUCCACUGCAAAAAAGAAAAAAAAAAAGCCUGAAGAGAUGAAGCGAUGGGACGAGAGGAAAGACCUCACAGCCAGAUCUGCCAGGUUUUAGAGUAAUUUUUCUUUUUCUUCCCCUUGAAGGGGAAAAAGCUUUUUUCACUGGUACAUUUAAAGCCCCCAACUAUGGGGAGAUACCAAUUCUGGCAAGUGCCACUGCAACACAAUACUCAGAGAACCUGAACUUUUCAACUCUGGGGGAGCAGAAAUUUACUGUUGGCCACUGCCAGGUCUGUCUGGUAUUUCAAAGGAAUAUUGGGUGCUGCAAAUAGGAACUGAAGGGGUAAACUAUUAAACCCAUUAAAUCUUGUUAUUGGUUGGUGUUUUCCUGUCAUUAUAAGAGACUAAAUAUGGGGGCAAUGUCAAAAUACUUGUACAAUUUUAAAAUUUCACAAUUAAACGUGAGCUGGUUUCCCA